GUAGUGGUGCGGGGAGCGGAGCGACAGCCCCGUGCGGGGAGAGAGAGCCUCUGCUGCAUUUGUGUGCUUUUCCACCUCAUCCCUCUGCGGUGAAUGGCGGCGGGAUGGAGCACGAGGGGAGCGGCGGCAGCGGAGGGUCGGCCGGACUUCUGCAGCAGAUCCUUAGCCUGAAGCUGGUGCCGCGGGUGGGCAACGGGACCCUGUGCCCCAACGUGUCGUCGCUCUGCACCUUCCCAGAGAUGUGGUAUGGUGUGUUCCUGUGGGCACUGGUGUCCUCUCUCUUCUUUCAUGUCCCUGCUGGAUUACUGGCCCUCUUCACCCUCAGACAUCACAAAUAUGGUAGGUUCAUGUCUGUAAGCAUCCUGUUGAUGGGCAUCGUGGGACCAAUUACUGCUGGAAUCUUGACAAGUGCAGCAAUUGCUGGAGUCUAUCGAGCAGCAGGCAAGGAUAUGAUACCAUUUGAAGCCCUUACCUUGGGCACUGGACAGACAUUUUGUGUAGUGGUUGUCUCCUUUUUACGGAUUUUAGCUACCCUAUAGCAUACCCUUAUGCUACGAUGUUGAGCCUCAGAUUUAUAGAAUCCUCACAAAAGAAGACAUUGUGGAAUGUAGUAUUUUCUUGUUCUUCAAAUGGAAGAAAAAAAAAAAAACUUGGAUGGAAAAGUGUAUGAACAACAUCUCAGCCAUUUCUUCAGUGUGAAGCUCCAGAAAAUGAAGAUAUUUUUGAACUCCUACUGUUCUGAACAAAAACAAACCAAGAUUUUUGCAGGGCAGGCAUUUAAGCAGGAUGAUAGAUGCACUUUUACCCCAGUCAUGUCAACUGUACUUUUGAGUUGUUGACAUCCUUUGCACUGAAAUUUAUAAUACUCUGUAGUAACAUGCAGUAUUGCAUAUUCAGAGGAACUGUGGGAAUUAUUGGUUUAUUUCUGAUCAGAGUACACUGCACUAAAAUCUUAUUUAAUCUGAUUUUUACUAUGUCUUCAAGACAGUUUGUGCCAAGUAGGUUUGGUUAAGAAGAAUAGCUUUGAGAACAAAUUCAGUGAAAUUUAACAGGAAUAAAAAAUCUGUUAACACAAUAGUUGCUUUGAUUCUACUGUUUAAAGAAAACGAAGGCAACUACUGAAGGAUGUGACUUUUUAUGAAUAACUACCUUGACCUCUGAUUAUUUAAUAUAUUUUAAGAGAUGUGAAUUUGUUUUAUACAUUUUAUGAAAAUAAGCUAGCCGAAUUGAGGCUUUUUCAGAAUUCCUUUGCCACCUUUUCCUUUCACUUUGAUUAUGUUAAUUUUAUUUAGUGUAAUUGGGAUGUUGGAUAGCUUGUGUUUAAUUUUUUUUUUCAGUGCUGAGGCAUCACACAUGCACAAUUUCACUGCUCUUAGGUCUAUUUCAUUUAGAAACAGAAAAGGAGAAACACUAUAACUUGGGUGUUGUGAAACACCCAUGUGGUGCUGGGAUUUAAACCUGGGCCACACCAUAACAAGGCAUGCAUUCUGCCUACCCAAGAAGGUAUCUAUCCAGUCCCUGCGUUUAAAAUUCUAAGCCAAGGGGUUGGGAGCAGUGCACCCGGUUGAACACACAUUACAGUGUGCAAGAACUAAAGUUCAAGCCCUGUCCCCAUCUGCUGAGGUGGAAGCUUCAUGAGUGGUGAAAGAUGGCUGCAGGUGUCUCUUUCUCUCCCUAUCUUCCCCUCCCCCUCAAGGUUUUAUUUAUUUAUUAAUGAGAAAGAUAGGAGGAGGAGAGAGAAAGAACCAGACAUCACUCUGAUACAUGUGCUGCCGGGAAUCAAACUCAGGACCUUAUGCUUGAGAGUCCAAUGCUUUAUCCACUGCACCACCUCCCAGGCAACUUUACCCAUUCUCUCUCAAUUUCUCUUGGUCUCUAUCCAAAAUAAAUAAAAUUUAAAAAAGUAAACAAAAAGAUUCUAAGCCAGGCUGCUUUAGAUGCUCCUUGGACAAUUAGGGCACAUAUAAAUGAUACUUUAAAACAUUUUGUUAAUGCUUUUCAUAAUCAUUUGUAUUUAUUAAUGCCUUGAAAAAUCAUAGAAGUGUUGGUUAAACUAGAAGUAAUUGUUAUGGUCUCCUAGUUUUAGUGUGAUUACCUAGUAGUGGGUGUUGAGUCCACUUUUACAGUAUUGGGUAUCACUCCCAGAAAGUGCCUAAAGUUUACUUUUCAGAAAUGCCUCCACUGUGUCCCUUACAUUUUGUCAGAAGAAUUUAUAUCCAUAAUGGUAAUGAAUUGUUUAACCCAAUUUUAUCUAUACAUAUUUCUCUUUUAUUGCCUUUUUUUUUCUCCAUUGAAAGGCCUGAAAACUGUGACUCAAAUGAGAAAGAAUAAUAGACAUAAAGGAUCUGACUCUUACCACCUAUACUGUUUUGUAUGAAAUACAAUUGACGUUAUCUUUUUUCAAAAUAGUUUCUAGCAAUUAAAUCUGAUAUUUUUAAAGGAAAUUUGUGUUUUGAGACUAAGACUAAUAAUAGCCUGUUAGGUCAUAUGCACACAAAAAUAUCUGUUUCAUGUAAAGCAGUUUGCAUGUAUUUUGGGUUCUAAUAAUAAAAAAAGAAAGAACUAAUUUAGCAGUGAAAAUCAGAAAAAUUACAAAGAAAUCACAAAAAAUUACCUUGCUGCUUUUUUUUCUAAUAAUUUGUCAGGGUACUUAACAAAAUUAUAGUGACAUAAAUUGACACAAGAUGGAAAAUUACAAAUAGAGUUGGAAUGCAGGAAAAUGUACUUGUAAAUUCACCAAGACUAUUCUCCAAUAUCCAAAUCUUCAAGCAAAAUUUUUUUUGCCCAUAGAGGCUUUCUUUUUAGUUCAAGUAACUAUAAUUUUGAAAAAUAUUACUUUAAUUAAAAAUAGGGGGACCUUUAAUCCUUUAUUGUGUUUUUUUUUUUUUUUUUAACAGAGUAGAGAGGGGAGGGAGAGAGAAAGGGAGUACACACAUACACACACAGCAGAGCUUCACUGUAACAUAUACAAUCCUGUGGAAUUCAUCUCAGGACCUUAUACUUUUAAGUUCAAACACUCUAGCCACUGUGUCACAUCCUGGGCCAUUGUAGGAAAUGUUUUUAAUUAGCUCUAUUCGGAAAUGCCUCUUAAUAGAGGAUAUGCCUAAAAUAUUCUUUUGGAAUGAACUUCACAAAUUGAACAUGUUGGGACAUUCUCCCGUGCUUUUUUUUUGUUUUGUUAAAUAUAUAUAUAUUUUUAAUUAUUUAUGAGAAAGAUAGGAGGAGAGAGAAAGAACCAGACAUCACUCUGGCACAUAUGCUGCCAGGGAUCAAACUCAGGACCUCAUGCUUGAGAGUCCAAAGCUUUACCACUGCGCCACCUCCUGGACCACCCAUGCUUAUUUUUGAACAUACUGAUUCAUUAUUUAAAUGUUUAUGUUUAUUUUAGAAGCAUAAAACAUUAUUCCAUUUUGGAAAUUGUUUUUGUUUUCAUCUGUUCUAUACUUGCUAUAUUUUAAUUAUCCAUACUAUUUUUUUAAAAAAAACUUUAAAUAUAAAUUAUAUCUUCAGGUUUUGAAUGUUUCAUUCGUCCCAGUAUGUGAACAUUUCCUGGUGGAUAAAUGUAUAUAUAUUUUGUAUAGCUUGAGAUUUUUGGCUUGAAAUGUUUUCAGGGGAAAUCUAUUUACAGUGUCUAUCCUUUGGUUUAAAAAAAAUCUCAUCUCAAAUACUCAAUUAUUUGUGGGUGAUUGCUCAGAUGGAAAAAUCUUGGCAUUGUAUUGAAUGUUUUAGUUUACUAGACAUGUAACCACCUUUCUCCAGCUGUGUACUAACUUUUCUACUUAUUUAAGGAGGAGAAAGAACAGCCUCCAAUCAUAAAAACUGAUUUCUUUUUAUUUAUUUAUUUAUUUACUAUUGGGUAGAAAUAAUGAAAUUGAGAGGGGUUGGGAAGUAAAGGGAAAAAGACAGAGAGACACACAUGAAGGCCUGCUUCACCCCUCAUGAAUCUUUCACCCUGCAAAUGGGGACCAGGGGCUUGAACUCAGAUCCUUACACACCAUAAUGUGUGUGCUUAACCUGGUGCGCCACUGUCUGGCCACAAAAUGUGAUUUCUAGAUUUUUUAAUUUGAGGCCUUAGAUAUAAAUUCAUUUCAUGAAACCUCAAGUCCAUUACAAAAGUGUAUGAAUAUUCCAAGAUAAAGACCUGUCUUUUGUGUUGUUAACUUUCUUUUUUCUCUCUCUUUCUCUUCCUCUCCCUCUUCCUCUCUCUCUCUCUCUCUCUUUCUCUCUCUCUUUCAGCAGAUUACUUCUUGGGAAAUGUUCAAACUAGUGAGAAAAAAAUGCAAAAAAUUAUUUUUUUUCAAGUCUUUAAAAAUUGCAUUUUGGCUUUUCAUUUAAUGUCUUUGACUGCUCUAGUGCGAAUUAAGUUCUUACUGAAUUGAAAUUAGGUCAUAUGCCCAGUUGCAAUACACACCAACCUUUCCUAAAAAAACAUUUCCUAGAGUGUGAGACCCUAGUGCCAUUAGCUGUCCACACAGUUUUGUGUAUAUGCAUUUUUUUCUUUCUUUUUUUUUUGUGUUUGUGUGUACUCUGUUAAGGUGGUUGUGAAUAAAUUCAGUUUAGCUUUUUAUAUUAGGUUAUUUCACUAACUUCAAUAGUCAAAAUGAUCAAACCUUUGUACCAUAGAGAAUUAUUUAAAUUUUAUUUUUCUACUGACAUUUCUAAUUCUGGUAUAAAUGUUUAUUAAUAAAGAAUUACUUUCAA